AUGACUGCAUUAUUGAGUGUGGACGGGGAGAAAUCUGGCCUCGAUCCUUCAAAUGUUGAGUCCCAGACCCCUAGCUCAGCCUCCCAGUUCAGUGAGAAAUGUGAUAGCGCCUCCGAUGAAAGUGAGCAGGGGGAGAGAACCAUCCGUGGGUUCAAGUGGAUAUUGGUUGUGAUUGCCAUCUUGUCUAGUCAUUUACUCUUUGCCCUCGACAACACUAUUGUGGCUAAUAUCCAGGCCGCUAUUCUCACGGAGUUCGAGGAUGCUGAGCAAAUUUCAUGGCUCUCCGUUGGCUUUACUCUCUGUUCAUGUGCUUUGUGUCUUCCCUGGUCCAAGGCCUACGCAACCUAUAACGUGAAAUGGCUGUAUAUUAGCUGCGUCGUUAUUUUCAUGGCAGGUUCUGCUCUGUGUGGGGCUGCUCCCGAUAUGAACGCCAUGAUCGUUGGUAGAGCUAUAGCCGGUGCUGGAGGGAGUGGGAUGUAUUUUGGGGUCUUAACGCAACUCUCCCUGAACACGACCGUGCCUGAGCGUCCGUUUUAUAUUGGACUGACCGCUGUCUCAUGGGGAAUUGGAACGGUCGUUGGUCCAGCUAUAGGAGGAGCAUUCGCCGAAAGCUCCGCCACCUGGCGUUGGGCUUUUUACAUAAACCUCGUCAUUGGCGCAGUUUUCUCUCCGGUAUACGUCCUCCUUCUUCCUUCAAUCAACCCCCUCCCAAAUGCCUCCCAGAAGGAGAAGGCACGAAACAUCGACUGGGUCGGCAGCAUCCUUUUUAUUGGUUCACUGGCCUCUUUGAUCAUGGGCAUUGAUUUUGGAGGCGUGGAGUGGACAUGGGGUAACGGCUCGUCAAUUGCACUCUUUGUCAUAUCUGGCGUACUCUUCAUUUUGUUCGGAGUACAACAGACCUUCUACAUUUUCUGCAAUGAGCAGAACCGACUCUUCCCAAUCCACUUCCUCAAGAGACGCUCUUUGGUACUGCUAUUUAUCCUCAACACAUGUGCCAGUAGUGGACUGUUUAUCUCAGUCUACUAUAUUCCACUAUAUUUUCAGUUCACCAAGGGUGACACGGCACUUUACUCUUCACUGCGCAUUUUGCCUUUCGUGAUGGUUCUGAUCUUUAUCAUCAUUGCAAACGGCCACAUGAUGACCAGAUUUGGUUACUAUUUCCCAUGGUACCUUUUCGGCUCUGCUUGUGAGCUUGUCGCCGCUGUUUUGAUGUAUCUUGUCAAGGCGGACACUUCUGCCUCUGCGAUCUACGGAUACACAUCUCUCAUGGCGUUGGGCGUUGGUUCUUUCAACCAGGCAGGCUACAGUGUAGUCCAGGCAAAGGUACCGAAGGCUGAGAUCCCAUGGGCCCUCGGCUUCAUGAUGGUUUCUCAACUAGGAGGCAUUGUCUUAGGCUUGGGCGUUGCAGGUGCUAUAUUUGUCAACGUUGCAACAGAAAGCCUUUUGACUUUGCUCCCAAAUGCCAACCCUACUGAUGUUAAGAACGCUAUCUCGGGAACCAGUAGCGGAUUUUUUAGCACCCUGACCCAGUCUCAGCAGACCGCUGCUCUUGACAUAAUUGUUGGUGCCAUUGAUUACGUCUAUACGCUAUUGAUCGUUGCGGGUGCACUUGGUGUUCUCCUCUCGAUUUUCUUGAAGCGUGAGAAACUUUUCAUGGAGGCAGCGGCUGGUGGUGCUUGA